AUGUUGAAAACAACAAAUUUACUGGAUGGAGUCCGGACCAAUUGAAAGAAAUAAACUUAGAAUCUGGAGGUAAUUCCUGGUCAUCUAGAGGAGCUCAUCCUCCUCCUCCUUGUACACCACAUGUUCUUGAUCAACACACUACUAAAAAACAUUCUGGAGGUAAGUCUGUCAUGAGUGGAGCAGCAAUAGUUGGAAUAGCUUUGGGUGUACUGGCAGCAAUUGGGGCACUAAUUGCACUAUUUUCAAGAAGAAAGUCAUCUCCUUCCUCACAUUUCCUUGAUGAAGAGAGAUCUAGCCAAAGUAGAUCAUUUAGUCCUCUUGCAUCUCAGGAAUUAUCCAAAGACUUGCCUACCGGCAUAAGCAACGACUUCAAUGGGCAUAGGUCAGUGGAUUCAUUUGCUUCAAUUGAUAUAAAGACCUUGCAAAAGUCUCCCUCAGUUGGUUUUAAGCUUCCACCUCCUGAGUUUAAGCAAACUUAUAAUGACAAUGAGUUCGCUAACCUUCUGAAUGCUAGAAAAAGCACCUCCAUUCGUGCUACAUCCUACUCUUUGGCAGAUUUACAACUUGCUACUGCUAAUUUCGCGUCAGGCCACCUUCUAGAAAAAGCAUCUCAUUUUAUAAUUGAAGAAUUACCUAUUAUUGGGAUACGAAGGAGCAAUACAUCAAGCCAUUAGAGACUAACUAUGUUUCAAAUUAUGGUAUGUGAAAAUGUGGAAAAUAUAAGCUUCCUAAUUGAAUUGAAUGAUGGAAUUCUUCAGAGGCAGUGGCAAAGAAAGUGGACUUGGAUUUUUGUUUGAUGUUCCUAUUGUAGGGUACUUUGUAAUUUUUUUUUCUCAAAAAAAUAAAAUAAAAUAAAAAGAAUUGAAAUUUGUGUCA